UUUCUCUUUUUUCCCACGUUAUAUUCUCUUUUUCGUUGGUCUACUUUGUAUCUUCUUACAUACUUUCUUUUCCCUAUAAAUUACCUUACUCUUUUGCCUCUUUCCCUCCAUCCCAAAAUUUUUGGAAGUUUUUAUUCUUUUACAUAACAUUCUCUCAAAAAAUGGCACAAGAAAUGAGUCCAAACACGGAAGCCAAUGGUGCUAGGGGUGACAAGAUGAGUGGUAACGAUAAUAAUCAUAACAAUUAUAAGCUUCCGAACUUCAAUCAAUCGGUCCGAUUGAAGUAUGUUAAGCUAGGGUAUCAUUAUUUAAUCUCGAAUUUCUUGUAUCUAAUGUUAGUGCCUCUAAUGCUUACGGUCUUAAGUAGUGUACACGUUUCAGUACAUUCGCUCCAAGGGUUGGUUCAGUUGUCACUAGACCUUGUUAAGUAUAAUAUGGUCACGGUGUUUAUGUGCAUGGCCUUGUUGGUCUUUCUUGGUACUCUAUACUUCAUGAGUCGACCUAGAAAGAUAUACUUGGUUAACUUCGCGUGUUACAAGCCCGAUCCAUCUAGGAAAGUUAGUAGGGAAAUUUUCAUGGAUCGUACCUAUAGAGUCGGGGCUUUCACACAAGAAAACAUAGAUUUUCAAAAGAAGAUCUUAGAAAGGUCGGGUUUAGGUCAAGAUACGUACUUCCCCGACGCUUUGAUCAACGUUCCACACAACCCGUGCAUGGACUUGGCUCGAAAGGAGGCCGAGUUAGUGAUGUUUGGAGCCAUUGAUGAAUUGUUGGCUAAGACUAAGGUGAAGGCUAAAGAUAUAGGGAUUUUGGUUGUGAAUUGUAGUUUGUUUAACCCGACACCGUCUUUGUCCGCUAUGAUUGUCAACCAUUACAAGCUUAGAGGCAACAUUUUGAGCUACAAUCUUGGUGGUAUGGGUUGCAGUGCUGGCCUCAUUUCCAUUGAUCUUGCCAAGGAACUUCUACAGGUACAUGGCAACACCUAUGCUUUGGUAGUGAGCACGGAGAACAUCACACAAAAUUGGUACAAGGGAAAUGAUCGAUCGAUGUUGUUAUCAAAUUGCCUCUUCCGUAAGGGAGGAGCUGCCAUCCUUCUCUCGAAUCGACCAACUGAUCGACGUCGUUCUAAGUACCAACUUGUACACACAGUUCGUACCCAUAAGGGUGCCGAUGACAAAAGUUACUCUUGUGUAUACCAAAAAGAAGACGAAGAUAUGAAAAUUGGAGUUUCUCUCUCUAAAGACCUAAUGGCCGUAGCAGGGGAAGCGUUAAAGGCUAACAUUACAACCCUAGGGCCAUUAGUCCUUCCCGUGUCUGAACAACUAUUAUUUUUUGUCACAUUAGUCGCGAGGAAAGCAUUCAAAAUGAAAAUUAAGCCGUACAUUCCCGAUUUUAAGUUGGCUAUUGAGCAUUUUUGCAUUCAUGCUGGUGGAAGGGCGGUGUUGGACGAGUUAGAGAAGAAUCUCGAUCUUUCAUCGUGGCAUAUGGAGCCGUCUAGGAUGACACUUUAUAGGUUCGGUAACACGUCUAGUAGCUCAUUGUGGUACGAAUUGGCUUACGCCGAAGCUAAGGGAAGGAUCAAGAAAGGCCAUAGGACAUGGCAAAUUGCAUUUGGGUCAGGAUUCAAGUGUAAUAGCGCGGUUUGGCAAGCAUUGAAGACCAUUAAUCCAGCUAAGGAGCAAAACCCUUGGAUUGAUGAGAUUGAUAAUUUCCCAGUUCAUGUUCCAAGAUUAUCUCCUGUUAAUACUUCCUAAUUAUUCUCAUUAUUAUUCUUAUUAAUUUGUCGCUUUCUUUUCUAGUAAAUGUGAAAUAUAAGUAUUAGUUCAUCUUAUAUUCCACAAGAAACUUGAACAGAUAUCUUAUUUAAGCUAUAUUAUGUAGUUUGAUUGUUGUAGUUCACAGAAAAAAAGAGCUUUGGAAGAGAUUAAAUUUGUAAUAUUUUUUGUUAAUUCUUUUGUUACGAAUGCGAGCUAAUGAUAAUCAAAGUGUGAUUUUAAUCUUGUAUCCA